GUGGCCAACUCCGCGGUGGGGAAGUGAGUCCAGAGCCAGCGAGAGGACGCUGGAGGGCGCGCUAGAGCGGCGCGGCAUGGCCGGGCCUGGGGCUGGCGAGCCGGCCAUGGAGGACGAGCGAAGCUUCUCAGAUAUCUGCGGCGGCCGCCUGGCCUUGCACCGCCGAUACUACUCCCCUUCCUGCCUGGAGUUCUGCCUCAGCUGCCCUCGGAUCUCUUUGCGCUCGCUCACCGCUGUCACCUGCACCGUUUGGCUGGCGGCCUACGGACUCUUCACACUCUGUGAGAACAGCAUGAUCCUGUCUGCUGCCAUCUUCAUCACUCUCUUAGGCCUGCUUGGUUACCUCCAUUUUGUAAAGAUUGAUCAUGAGACUCUGUUAAUCAUUGAUUCCCUGGGCAUCCAGAUGACCUCAUCCUAUGCCUCAGGCAAAGAAAGUACCACCUUCAUUGAGAUGGACAAGGUGAAGGAUGUCAUCAUUAAUGAGGCUAUUUACAUGAAGGUGAUUUACUACCUCUGCAUUUUAUUGAAGGAUCCAGUGGAACCACAUGGGAUAUCCCAAGUAGUACCCAUCUUCCAGAGUGCCAAGCCCCGGCUGGACUGCUUGAUUGAAGUGUAUAGGAGCUGCCAGGAGAUCCUGGCACACCAGAAAGCCACAUCAACGAGCCUAUGAGUCCCAGCAUUCAGAAAGCCAGUGUUGUCUUCCAGAGGAGACUCCUAAGCCACAGUGGCUGGCUUAUUUUCUGUAUUUUAAACCUUCAAGUGGACAUAGUCUGAGAAACCAGUAUGGAUGUGGUGGAUCUCAGAGCCAUAGAGAAGGUGACUGAAAACCUAACUUAUUGUGUGAUAUUGAGCAAAAUAUUAAUGUAUAUUUUAGUGUUCCUUUUGUAAGGUUUUAUUUAUUUUACCAAUUGAGGGGAGACCUUGAAACUCUAUGUUAGGAGUAAUGUUGACUGAGCGUACUUUGUGAGCACACUUGGGCUUACUUUGUGUUGGAAUUUAUAGAAAAUGGGAAACUGACAUCAGCUCUUUUGAUAAUUUUUCCAGCUGUGCAGUGUCCCUGUAUAAAAGUUAAGAAAGAAAAAAAGCAAGCCCUUCAGGGACUGGUUAGUAGGAAGCAAUGUCCUACAAAAGUCUAGUCUCUGUCCACCUAGCUCCUGUGUUCUGUACAGGGUUACUUUAUGAUGAUUCUCUUAAUAAACAGAUAUUCUUCCAAAACAUACACCA